AUGGAAAGUUUGUUUGCUAACGAGGACGGUAGAGACGGAGAGACGAAUAAUGGACCGAAUAUAAAUGAUGCUAAAUCGUGUAAACUUUGUGAUGGGUUGAACAUGCAAUGGAGACAUAAGACAGCACCGACAAAUCCAGAAAUCUCAGUCCAGGGUGACUAUGAAGAAACGACUGAGUUAAACACAUUGGUUGAAAAUAGUGAUGAUAUAGAAUUCCGUUCGUUAUAUAUUCAAGAUUUGCCAUCCGCUAGAAGUGUGACUAAAAAGAAAAGCUUAAUUCGGUACUACCUAACGCCGGCACUCUGUUUGUUAUGGUUGUGUGGAGUUACCGCCACUAUUGUCGACGACUGGAGUUACCGUCUCGUGAUAAGCUGGGGCAAAGCCGAACGGAUUCUUCACUUGAUGUCAUAUUCCACGUAUCUGCUCGUGUUAGUUGUUCCAAUCAUAUCACGGAUUAUAUCUAUGUUCUUCGAGUCUCGGCUCCCGGGAAACUGGUGGGUCUACGUACUGACGGAUUAUCAUGUACUCACUCGCCUCCGCCUCAUUGAUCUGUCACGUGUCAAGAAGUUCGGUUUACUCUGCAUCCUGUUCCCACUCACCUGUGUCGGCUUUCAGGCAGGUUAUAAUAUAUACGAGAUCCUUACAGCCAAUAGAGCACCUCCACCAAAGAAUAGGCGGACUCCUUCCAAGGAAACACUGAGGCAAUAUAAACAUCACACCUUCCCACAAGAUUUGUAUUCACCACAUCGGACAAAGCGGAAACAGAAAAAACACUUGGACAAUGAGGUAGACGAAUCCUAUGGUGUAUUUUCACAUACUUUAGAACUUGAAGAUGACAGACAUUUACAUGAUAGAGCUAUAAAUGGUUACUCACCUGGUAGUAGUUCAAGUAGAAAACCUGUUGUACCACCAUUAGAUCUUGGAAGUUUACAUGAGCACGUAGAUGGAGAUGAAGCAAUCCAUGCCUGGGUCCAGCAUAAUGAAGUCAAAGAACAGUAUGAAGGUGUUUUAUCACCGCGUUCAUCAAAUAUGAAGAAAAAAAAUAGUGCUCCACCAGAUACUGAUAUACCACCAUCGCCGCCUACAUCACAACCCUUCAUUCAAGGUGUUUUCAGAUCAGAUAGACGACCCGGUGAGGAAACAGACCCGACAGCUAAGCAGCUGACUAAACAAAUACAUACAUUGAAGAAAAAGUUACGACAGUUUGAAGCCAAUUUUGAAACAGUAAAUGGAUAUAAGCCUUCCCAUUCAGAUAAAGCUGCUCGUCCUGAAAUAAAAAAGAUGAUGUUGGAAUUAUCUAAAGCAAAAAAACAAUUACGAGAUCUAAAGGAAAAAGGAUCAGGAAGUGGAAAUCGCCUUAAUGAAUCAUUGCCAACUGUUAGUAAUACACGUGAUCCCAUCGAACACAAUCAUUUUGAUAGCAAGCCAACCAUGGAGGAGACGUUACACACUGGAUUAAAUAGGCUGGAGGAGAAACGAAAAGAUGGAAAUAGACCGGAAAAUAUUUAUUUAAUGACACGGGAACAGAUUGCUGAUGAGAAAUUAGCCGUACAGAAAGUGCUCCUAACAUUUGAAAAUAUUCAUGGAAGGCCAUCAACGAAAGGUGAAAAAGAUUUAAUGAGGCCGCUAUAUGACAGGUAUCGAAAUAUCAAGAGACUUAUUGCCAAAAUGCCACCAAAACCAAUGCAGGAUGGAAGACGAGAUGGUCGAUGCGAGUCACCGCAUCAGUCUGAUUUACAGCCCAUAUUCGAGCAUGAAACCAUGGAAUUUCAGCCUAAACACCAGAUGGCACCACAUGCGUAUCCCCAAGAAGAGGAUGAUGAUGCUUACGGUGUAGCUAUCAGUACAGAUUUUGCCGUAACUAGGGACUUUGAGCUAUUAAGAGAGACUAUGCGGCCGUCUGGUGUUGGUAGCUAUGGUGAUGACGAUGAUGACGAUGAAGAAUUUGAUUCUCCAGCGAGAACGGGUAAAACUUUGAGAUCUUCGUAUGUAGAAGAUGCUACAUUACAUGAAGCUUCCAUAGCUGAAUUGAUAGAAAAACAAUUAAAUGCAAAAAGCGAUAAGAAACGCCUCAGGAAAAUACUUCGCGACUUUGAAGAUAGUUUUUUCAAAAGAACAGGUCGGAAGGUGCAGAGGGAAGAUCGUGAUCCCAUGGAGACUGAAUAUAUUGAAUAUAAGAUUUUAAAUUAG